UUGAUGGUAUCUGCAAGCCUGUGUGCUGAUCUUAUUUCAGCCCCUGAAUAUUAAUUCCCGAAGCUGGUAGCAAUGUAUCUCCCCAGUGACGGGACCUACUAGAGGCAGGUGGGGGGAGCCACCAUCAGAUCAUAAGCAUAAUAAUAAUACAAAGGGGAGGGAUUCUUCUGCCACAGGCAGGCAAGAAGCAGAGGAGGGGAAAAAAAAAAAGCGAUGAGUUCGCCAAAUAUAUGGAGCACAGGAAGCUCAGUCUACUGGACUCCAGUGUUUUCACAGAAAAUGACGGUGUGGAUCCUGCUCCUGCUAUCGCUCUACCCAGGCCUUACUAGCCAAAAAUCUGAUGAUGACUAUGAAGAUUAUGCUUCUAACAAAACAUGGGUCUUGACACCAAAAGUUCCUGAGGGUGAUGUCACCGUUAUUUUAAAUAACCUCCUAGAAGGGUACGACAAUAAACUCCGACCUGAUAUAGGAGUGAAACCAACAUUGAUUCACACAGACAUGUAUGUGAAUAGCAUUGGCCCAGUGAAUGCUAUCAAUAUGGAAUAUACAAUUGAUAUAUUUUUUGCCCAAACAUGGUAUGACAGACGUUUGAAAUUUAACAGCACCAUCAAAGUCCUCCGAUUGAAUAGCAACAUGGUGGGGAAAAUCUGGAUUCCAGACACUUUCUUCAGAAAUUCAAAAAAGGCGGAUGCACACUGGAUAACUACCCCCAACAGGAUGCUGAGGAUUUGGAAUGAUGGCCGAGUGCUCUACACCUUAAGGCUGACAAUUGAUGCUGAGUGCCAAUUACAGUUGCACAACUUUCCAAUGGAUGAACACUCCUGCCCCUUGGAGUUCUCCAGUUAUGGCUAUCCCCGGGAAGAAAUCGUCUAUCAGUGGAAGCGGAGUUCUGUUGAAGUGGGUGACACCAGAUCUUGGAGGCUUUAUCAAUUUUCAUUCGUUGGACUGAGAAACACCACUGACAUAGUGAAGACGACUUCUGGAGAUUACGUGGUCAUGUGUGUCUAUUUUGACCUGAGCAGAAGAAUGGGCUACUUCACUAUCCAGACCUACAUCCCCUGCACACUCAUUGUUGUUCUAUCCUGGGUGUCUUUCUGGAUCAAUAAGGAUGCUGUGCCAGCCAGAACUUCUUUAGGUAUCACGACUGUCCUGACCAUGACAACCCUCAGCACCAUUGCCCGGAAGUCACUCCCCAAGGUCUCCUAUGUCACAGCAAUGGAUCUCUUUGUAUCUGUUUGCUUCAUAUUUGUCUUCUCUGCUUUGGUGGAGUAUGGCACCUUACAUUAUUUUGUCAGCAAUCGGAAACCAAGCAAGGACAAAGACAAAAAGAAGAAGAACCCUCUUCUUCGGAUGUUUUCCUUCAAGGCCCCUACGAUUGAUAUUCGGCCAAGGUCAGCAACCAUUCAAAUGAACAAUGCCACGCACCUUCAAGAGCGGGAUGAAGAAUACGGGUACGAGUGUCUCGACGGCAAGGACUGUGCCAGCUUUUUCUGCUGUUUUGAAGACUGCCGAACGGGAGCCUGGAGACACGGGCGGAUACACAUCCGCAUCGCCAAAAUGGACUCCUACGCGCGCAUCUUCUUCCCCACCGCCUUCUGCCUGUUCAAUCUGGUCUACUGGGUCUCCUACCUGUACCUGUGAAGAGGUGUGCGUUUUAUUGAUAGGGGUCUUGUUCCCUAAAUCUCAUGGAGAGAGGAUGUCCUUUGUAAGUCCACUGAAAUCAUUCUCUGUGUGGUUUAUAACGACCUGAAUUCAUUUCUAUGUUCUAACCUGGUUAAUCGUAUUCAUGUCAUAUUGUUUGCGCCCAACUCUCCUUCGGUGCGUGUAAUUUAAACCAUCGUGUUUCUGUGUUGCAACCCUGCAGGGCAAAGAGAAGUCAGAGCAAGAACAGUGAAUCCAAACAAGAUAUUUCCCGCUACAGAACUGAAAGAGUAAAAGCGAUGAUUACUGACAGUGGUGGUGUUCUUAUUCAAUUCAAAAUACAAUUAGAUGCCAAACACCCCAAACUGUUCCCUUAGUUCAUUUGGGGUCAACUUGUGGUAAAUUGAUCCCAAUAGAAUAUCUCCCUCAUUUGAGACAAAUCACAACUCAUUUUAAAUAUAAGAACCUAGACAAGAAAUCUAUUACACCGCUAUCCCAAGAUAGAAAGGAAAUUUCCUCUACACCGCAUGUACAAUGAUGUAAAUACUUCAAUAACAUAGAAUGCUUCAGGUUUAAUGCAUGCAUCUCUUUAGAGCCAAAAUAAAUGGAUUGAAGUUAACAUCAUAAAGUAUUGUUUUUUAUUCUUUGUGUCUUUGGGCUAUAAAAGAAUCAUGAAUGUAAUUAUAAGAAUUUGGGAUUGGAAUUGGAGGGGAAAUCUUUCACUACCUUUCCCCCUCAUGCAUAUAGAUGGAAACAGCUUAUGUUUUCCUUGUAGGACAUAUUAAAACACUGGAAGUAAAAUAUAGACUGACUAUUUGGCACUUGCCAUCUCUAAAUAUGCCCAAAGUGUAAAGUGAUUGUAUGUGCUUGCUGCUAUUUUUUUUUCUUCCUUUUAGGACUAUAGAUCUGAACAGAACUCAUUCUCCAUCUCAAGAUCUGCUUCUAGUGAUUGUGAGUGCCUCAUGGGCAGUAUCCUCUUUGGGUCCUCAGCACCUUGCAUAGUGCCUGGCACACAGCUGAUGCUCAAUAAGUAUGCUUUGGAGUGAACUGGUGCCCUGUGCUUCCAGCGAACCUCUCUGUGCUGGCCUGGAACCAGUAAAUCCUCUGUUCACAUCGGCACUGUCAAGAGAUAUUUGAUCUUGUAGGGAUAAACAGAAGGAUCCCAAGAACUAAGGCUAUUCAUAGUCAUUCUCAAAAUUUUAGUUUAGCCAAUACCAUACUCCUUUAAGACAAUAUAUAUGUCCUAUAUUUCUGUUUUAAAAAUCAGUCCACUCGGGAAUAGAGUUUGUGUAUUAUUUCUCCAUGUUUGGGGAUGCGUCAGCCUUGACCCAUCCACAACUGUGCUUGAGGAUACAUGGUCAGGCAUAAGCCACAUUCAUACCUGACCCGUGUUCAGAAUAUAGUAUUCUAUACUCUGUGAAAAAAAAUUAUAAAUAUGUACUGAAGAUUACAUUUAAAAAACGAGAUAACAAAUGGAUGACUCACAAGAAGGUUGCGCCUAUGCUUGAGGCCUCAUUCCAACAGAUUGUAAUCCCAUGAAAAUCUUGUUCCCGAUGACAAAACAUCAAGAGUAGAGCUUCAUCUUUGUGUACUGAUGCCGAAUCUUUUAUUUUUCUAAAUUAGCAUCCUUUGUCGGUUCUUUUUAUGGCAAUCGUUGCUCUCAGUCAGAAUUCAAUCGCAGCCAGUAAAAUUUUAUAGAUAAUCUAAAAAAAAAAAAAAAAAA